AGUUUAGACUUCAAUCAGUUAUUUGCAUCUUUGAGGAGAACACAAUCAUUUUCAUGUUCAUCCUCUUCCUUUAUCUAAUCCUCAAGUUAACUGUUAGUACUCUGGGAAAUGAUAAAUUUGAUACCUUAAAUGGCUAUGGAUAUCUUGGCAACCAAGUCGGAGGCUAUACAUCCUAUGGUAAUCAAGGCGGAGGCUAUGCAUCCUAUGGUAAUCAAGGCGGAGGCUAUGCAUCCUAUGGUAAUCAAGGCGGAGACUAUGCAUCCUAUGGUAUUCAAGGCGGAGGCUAUGCAUCCUAUGGUAAUCAAGGCGGAGGCUAUGCAUCCUAUGGUAAUCAAGGCGGAGGCUAUGCAUCCUAUGCUAAUCAAGGCGGAGGCUAUGCAUCCUAUGGUAAUCAAGGCGGAGGCUAUGCAUACUCUGGAAACCAAGGCGGAGGCUAUGCAUCUUAUGGAAACCAGGGCGGAGGCUUCACAUCUUAUGGAAACCAAGGCGGAGGCUAUGCAUCUCUUGGUAACCAAGAUCUAGGAUAUACAUUGCAAGGAAACCAAAAUGGAGCCUGUGCAUCUCAUAGAAACCAAGGCGGAGGCUAUGCAUCGCAUGGAAACCAAAAUGGAGGCUAUGUAUAUUAUGGAAAUCAAGGCGGAGGCUACGCAUAUUAUGGAAACCAAGGUGGAGGAUACGCAUCUUGUGGAAACCAAGGGGGAGGAUAUGCAUCCCAUGGAAACCAAGGGGGAGGAUAUGCAUCUCAUGGAAACCAAGGCGGAGGAUAUGCAUAUCAUGGACACCAAGGCGGAGGCUAUGCAUCUAAUGGAAACCAAGGCGGAGGAGACGCAUCUCAUGGAAACCAAGGCGGAGGAUAUGCAUAUCAUGGACACCAAGGCGGAGGCUAUGCAUCUAAUGGAAACCAAGGCGGAGGCUAUGCCAAACAGGAGUGCCCUGAGACUCCUGAAACCCAGAUCAGCUAUGGAUCUUCUGGAAAUCAUGAUGUUCAUGGAUCUUAUAGAAACUAUCAUGGUUGGGGAUCACCUGGGAGCUAUGGACUCACUGGUUCCCAAGGAAAAGUUUCCAAACCUUGUACAGGUUUACAGAUGGAAACCUUGGUGGAGAAGAUUGUAGAUCUCAGACAAAUCAAGGAAGCUUUUGAUCUUAUCAAAAUAACCAAGGCGUUAAACACUCUUGGAAUCACGGAUGCAGAAAGCCUGAUUAAAAUAAAAAUGGAUUUGGAUAAUCUUGGAGUUAAAAACAAUGAGGACUUAUCUAAAACUAAAGACGCACUGGAAAGCCUUGGUAUUAAGAAUAUAGAAGAUCUGACAAAGACUAAAGAAGCUCUUGAUAAUCUGGGGAUCAGUGAGUCGCUUGAUCUAAUCAGAUUAAAAAGAGAGAUUUUAUCAUGAAAUUAUAUGACCGGUGUAACUUGUAGUUUAUAAACAAAGUACAAAAAUAUGUACACUAACCCUAUCCCUCCCAUCCUUCUCUAAAAUAGCAUUAUUAUCAUGUAUAUUGUUGUAGUGGUUGAAUCAGCUCCAGUUUAAUUUUGAACAGUUUGAUCAGACUUGUGUUGAUUUCUUAUAACUCAAUUAAAUUCAAAAUAAAAUUCGUUUUUAAGUGUCAGCACUUUUAUUUCUUUGCGAUGUUUGUGUAUAAAGAACUAUAUUCUUGAAAAUCUGUGAAAAAAUCGCCAUGAAAGCUGUUUUAAAAAUUGGUUCUUUUUACAGGAACAUUGGAGGAGAGAGACACAAUUAAUGCCGAUUGGUUAAUAUUUUGAUAUGGUUCGUCCUGUUCCCACCGUAAAUAUAAAUAAUAAAUAAAUAUAACAAAAUGUUGAA